AUGGAUACUCUGGAUGCACAGUCACCCCAAGUACCGCGUUGUCUCGCUUCUGUUCGAGCCCUUCGCCAACGCAAACGGGCUAUCUCCAAGCACCUAAGGGACAGAGAAGCGCAAAAUACUGUCCGGCGCGAACCGGCCAAUUGUGAGGAUGUGGAGCACACAGAAAUCGCCACCAAAACAUACAGUGCAGAACUGGAGGAACGACUUCACGACCUGCAAGCUCAACUGCAAUUGCACGAGGGCGUUCAUAGGGAGUUGAAUACUACAAAUGAGAGACGACGCAUCCUUCAGGAGCGACUGCGGGAGCGAGAACUUACUCUGGAGGAGCGAGAUUCUACCAUUGACGAGCUCGAUGGAAAGAUAUAUGCAUUAACAGCGAAAGAAAAAGUUCAAUCGCAAAAAAUCGAAGAGUUAGAACAGGACCUUAAGCGGGAAAUGUGGAACCAACUGGAGCUCAAUGAUGCUCACCUAAACCUCCAAGAGGAAUUGGAGAAUGCGAAAGCGCAGAUUCAGUAUCUGACGACACAGCUGAAUGCAGCUGAACCUGCGCAGCAAGUGUUCAAGGAUGAAACGGCAAUUCAAGAACUACAACACAUGCCACAUGAAGGUUUCGCGGCUUUCCAAAGUCCUCUGGCUACGACAUGUUUUGUAGAACCUACGGGUAGCGGGCAACCGAGGCAUGGCAUCAGUAUACCUGGUUAUCGAAAUAAAGCGGCUGAAAUAGGCUACAUAAAAGAAAAAUAUACUGCCGCGCUCGAACAACGCCAUGAUUCGCAUCAACCGGCGCUGCACUUUGGGGGCAAUACUCACAAGAUGGCGAUGGAUAAUGACAGCCAGGACACCACGUCAACUAGCCCCGAACUUGAACGCCCGUCAAGAAGCAGAGUGUUUUCAGUCCAGGAGCUGGUGGAAGAUUCAGUCUAA